AUGUUCAGAAUUGCUAAGAAUCUAGUGAAAACUUUGGAACAAAGUGUGCAAGACUUCUCGUUGUCUCAGAGUUCUGAUCAACUCGACGCUUUCUUUCAAUCGAUACCACCUAAUUUACUGUUGGCUCAAUUCCAACAACACCAGAAUCAAAAUGGUAAUGAACAAGAGUGUAAUAACGAGGUAGACUACUCGAUCAGGAAGAACUACAACGAUACCGUCUCUGGUUUGAGGAUCGUGUACGUCGAUGAAACUCAAUUGCAAUUGCAAUCUUAUUUCGAUUAUAUAGUGGGUAUCAACGAUGAUCCUUUGCCUUUUAUAAGCAAUCAACAUGGUUACGUUUAUCCAGAUUACAACAAGAUUGCUUCUUUGUUCAAUGAAAAAUGUAAUGAUUACAUCAAGUUAAACGUUUGGUCUGCAAAAGGUGGUGUGUUCAGAGAUGUCUACAUGUCGGUCCCACAGAAGGACCCUUCCAACUUGGAAGACGUUUCUUUGGAGAAACAAGAAAAUAAUGUCUCUCAUCAAUUCCAACCUUUAGGUUUUAAAGUCCAAUGGUCUCCAUUGAUUGCAUCAACCUUCACUUAUCAUAUUUUGAACUUAAACAUCAACCAGGGUCCUGCCCAAUUGAGUGGUUUGAUCCCUGAUGAAGAUUAUAUCAUUGGUUGCCAAGACGGUUUGUUGGCAACUGGUGGUGAGACUCUAUUGCAGGAUAUCGUAAGAUCAAGAGCAAAUCACGAUCUGGUGUUAUACGUUUAUAACAAAGUGGAAGACUGCGUCAGACCAAUCACUGUAAAUAUAGGAGGUGAUGGAAGAUUAGGCUGCAACGUAGGUUAUGGGUUCCUACAUAGAAUCCCAACGGUAACCAAAAAUCAGCAAAACCAAAAUCAACAUGAACAACAGCAUCAGCAGCACCAGCAACCAGCUGUUCCUGAAAUUCCACCACAAUCAGAAUCUGCAUUCACUCCAAAAAAUUUAAACUCAGCACCUCCAAUCACCCAUAAGAAGAAGACCAAACAACAACAGUCUGGUACAAGUACAAUGGGCUCAUACUUUGAUGAAGGUAAAGAUGUCUCUGCUGUGAUAUCAUCUGAUUCAUCCAUACCACCUCCACCUGUAAAGAAUUAG